AAAGAAGUUCAGUCUCGAAAGCGCUUGUUGUUGUUGAACCCACGUGGUGUAGAAGGAAGGCUCGUGGUCCAUACGGAUUGGGAGUAAGGCAAAGGAGAAAGAGAAUAACUAAAGAAACAUGGCACCUGCUACUGAAAAAAAGGCCGAUGGCAAAAAGAAAGGCCUAAAAGGUGUGAUGAAGAAAAAACCUGGUUUGACAACAAUUGCAAAGAAAUCAUCCAAGGAGGCUAGAAGGGAGAGGCUUUUGAAGGCAAAGAUGUGGGAGCACAGGAUUAAGGGAAGCAAAAAGAAGUCAAAAGCUGGACAGAAAAAACAGAAUAAGGAUAAAUCAGCACAGGAAAAUAAAGUGAAAAAAGAGAAGGUUGUCACAAAACUUUCUGAAUUAAGUGAGAUACAGGUUCAAGCAGCUGUUGCAGGUGUUAGAAAAUUGUGCAACAAAUUAUUGGCUGAAUCUAAAGAACUAUUAGAAGUUGACAGUGAUCAGCACAUUUGCCUACAAGUCAGCUUAUGCAAAUUGCCCAAAAAUAAAGAUAAACGCUCACCAAUGACCAUCAAAAUACCCCUGCCACAUCCUAUAUUGGGUGACGACACAGAUGUCCUGCUCAUAACCAGAAUGCUUGACAGUGAACGUGGGUCUGACUAUGAAAAAACACUGAACCACUUCAAAGAAUUACUCAUACAAAAGAAAGCAGCACAUUACAUUACAGAAGUUAUAACUCUGAAGCAAUUAAGAAUGGAAUAUAAAGAAUUUGAGGCUAAAAGAAAUUUAGCAAACCGGUUCCAGGUGAUCCUUGCCCAAGAUUGCAUUAUGGAACUCCUACCAAAGUUACUAGGAAAGCAUUUUUAUGGCAGAAACAAGUUGCCAAUUUCAGUAAAUUUAAAUACAAAACACUUGAAGGGUGUGAUAGAGAAUGCUGUUCAUCAGUCAAUUCUUCAUUUCACCAUGAAAGGAAAUUGCUCCCAAGUCAAGGUUGGUCGUCUCAGUCUAAAUGAUGAACAAAUAGCUGAGAACAUUCUGAAAGCUGUGGGGAAGAUUAUACACCGGAUCCCAGGAGGCUGGGACAAUAUUCAAACUCUUUCCCUGAAGGGUCUCAAGACAAAAGCUGUACCACUCUAUGUUAGGACCACAACCUUUGAUGAGAAGAUCAUACUGCCAGAGAAGGGAGGUGAAUCGACUGCUGUAGGUACAUUAACUACACUCAACAAAAGAAAGCUUGUUUAUGUCAAGAAAGAUGGUAAUGUGAAGAUCAAGUUGAAAUACUAACCAUCUGUAAAGAAGAAAAGGUUGAAAAAACUGAAGGCAGUUGUCUAAAUGACUAUUAUGAAGAAACAAGAGGAAAAAGAUACAGAAUAGAUACAAGAAAAAGUAGCAAUAUAUCUUAUUGGUGAAACUGUAAGCUCACUAUGUUUUUGUAGAACAGGAUUAGUAAUACUCUUGUAAAAGUAUUACUAAUCAUAAGGAAUUUGUGAUCGCAAGUUUUAUCAUUAUCAGUGUUCAUAAAGCAUAUUGCUUCGAUAUUCAGAAGUUUACUAAACAUUUUUUUGUUUGUGGGUAUUCAGGUGAAAAAUGAGAGAACCAGAAAAUAGUACAUGGUAUAAAAUUUGAGUUAGUUAUUCCUACCAUUGUUAAUUCAUGUUGUUUGGAUUCUAUAAUUGUGUUUUGAAUAUGAUGUACACAUGAGUGGCAGAAGCUCUAAAACACUACUAAGAUUAACAAGUAGUUGUUUUUGUUAAACCUAAAGAUUUUUUAUAAUAAUAAUAUUUGUGCAAAUUUACAUUAUAAUUACAUUAUUCCAUGAAAAUUUUUGUUUUCAAUUUUUUCACCUUUUUCUGGGUAUAGCAAUGGGUCUCAUAAGCCAUGCACCAACUCAGAAAAAAAAAUCUUUUAAACCAUAACCCAGAGUUGCAAGUAGCUAUUGAAAACAAAUGAUAUUAAAUAUAUUCAUAGCUGAUAAAGGUACAUUUCUUGUUAACCAUAUUUUUUCGUUUUGGGGAAGUGCACAAUAUUAUUUUAUAUAUAUAAAUGAUUUUUUAAAAUUAUACUGGAAUAUAUUUUUCAUAGUUUUCUUUUUUAUUUGCAAAUGAAGUAGCAGACAGGAUAAUAUGCUACAUUACUGGGAAAUCUAAUUGCCCUUGUUAUAUAUUAUCAUGAGUCCAACUAUUUAUGAUGUUAUGUGUUUGGUUUACAUAUUACAUGGACUUGGAAACAAAUGUAAAAUGUGAUAGCUGUAAUAAAUAUCAAUUUAUUUACCA